CAACGCAAAGUUAUAUUCCACCAAAUUCAAUUAUUUAUGGUGUGCAUUCAUAGUAAUUAUUUACGUCUCCAACAAUGAAGACUGAAACCGUCGUUGUGAUAAUUACGUUUCAAAUAUUCCUGCAAUUAUUGGGAUCACAUUGUGAAAAACUGCUAUUCCGUUGUGACGAAAUCGAAGCAAAUGCUGGUGGUCCAAUAGUUGACCUUGAUCCUUACGAUACGUAUUGUUCGGUAACCGAUUUUUUUGUGAACUAUACAACUCAAGUGGACUGUGAUGUAUACCCAAAUCAGAGGGCAAAAGUGCGCGUAAUAAAAUUCUAUACCUCGCAUUUGCUGUACGUUCCCAGCGGGAUAUUUAGAUAUUUCUCUGAAGUGCGUGACUUUGAUAUAUCUAAAUCGGAGGUGGUUGAAAUCCACAGAAAUAGUUUCGAAGGUGCAAAUCAUCUCAUUUACUUGACGAUGAGCUACAAUAAGAUCCGCGAACUAGGGCCUUCGCUGUUCAUAGACGCAACAUCGCUAUUCGUCUUGGACAUGUCGUACAACAACAUCACCAAAAUAGACAAAUACGCUUUCGUAGACGCGAGGUCAGUUUCAAGAUUGUCGUUAUCGUAUAAUAAACUGCAUGAAUUGCAUCAGGAUUUAUUUCGAGACUUGCACUUCUUGGAUCAAAUUUAUUUAAAUGACAAUGAGAUCGAGACAAUACAUCCAUUGCUGUUCGAAUACAAUUAUCAAUUGUCUAAGAUAUCAUUGGACAAUAACCGGCUGCAUUCGUUUGAUGUGAGCAUGUUUAAGAACUUCAAAUAUUUGGACACUCUGCAGUUUGGCGGAAAUUAUUUAAGUUCCUUUAACAGUUCAGCAAUCGGCGUUCCGUUAAAAAUGUUGAUUUUGAGCAAAAACAAUUUGACCGAAUUGGUUGUCAACAAAAUUGAUGUAUUGGACGCUUCCAACAACAAUUUAUCGUCGAUUAGAUUUACCGGACAAAACACGAUCAAACAACUUAUUUUGUGCAACAACUCCAUCACCAACAUCGAUAACAUUGUCAGUCAAGAGAAUCUCGAAUCGUUGGACUUGUCAUUUAACAACAUCGGAUCGGUGAACAUCACCACAUUCACAAAGCUGAAAAAACUUACUAUUCUUAAUCUUGGUAACACUAAAUUGAACGGCCUAAAUUUCGGCACAUUUUCCAGCCAAACUGAGCUGAAAGUCCUGGACUUAUCCUACAACAAUUUAUUGCACAUCAACUUUGAUAUCUUUUCGCCGUAUCUAACCAACAUUGAGAAAAUUUUUAUCGAAGGAAAUGGUUUAACGGAAAUCGCAGACGCAAGUCAUAUCCUGAACAUUUUCCCUGUACUGAACACUGUGGGCCUAUCGAACAAUCUGUUCAACUGCAGUUAUCUAUCGGGCUUGCUGAGAGCUUUCCGCAAAUUUAAUAUUCGACUCAACCUUGACCCAGACACCAGCAAUAGAAUCAAUUCGACACAUGUUGAUGGCAUCUUGUGUGGUAAUAAUUUAACGGUUCCCGAAAAUAUUCGACCCAUGAAACAUGCCUUGGUUGACAACAAAGACACCAAUAAAGUCAAUGGAAUUAGCGACGGACGACAAGAAGAGCUAACAUAUUUGAGGUCACGACUAACGGAAGUUAAUUCGCACGAGCAGUUAUUGCAGUCAAAUUUGAGUUACAUGAAGGGUCUUACAGCAGUCGUAUGUUCAAUUGCGUUGAUUUAUGUAUGCUUUAAGCUAGUUUCGCUAUAUUUGCAACAUCGUAGCUUACAGUUUGUAAGUCCGAAUGUGUACCGAUCUACAACUACAAUGAAUACACUGGAGAGCCACCUUGACGCUUCGUGAUCUGGGUGAAUUAGAAGAUUGAUAAAAUAUUUAGGUUCCGUUUGUGAAGUAUGUCACGCUCUGAGAAAGGAGGCGAAGGUCUGUAUGGCAAUAAAUAAAAAUUCACAUACAUUUUUGUGUGACAGGGUAUGGGGGUCAGAGAAUCGUAAAGUUUAGCUUGACAUACUUAUGAACGACGCCUUAUUAUGCAAGUAUCUCAAUUUUUACACAUUUUUACAUUAAAAGUGGCGGUAAUUGUUU